AUGGCAUCAAUAACACGACCAGUCGUCGCCAUCGCCGGAGCCACCGGCCAUCUAGGCAAGCACGUCACAACGGCCUUCCUCUCCUCCACCUUCCAAGACAAAUUCUCCGAGAUAAUCCUCCUCUCAAGAAACGAGUCAUGUCUCUUCCAACCCUCCUCGUCCCAAGCCGGCGUAAAACUCUCAACACGCCGCUACAACGAGAACAACCUCGAAGAAGCCCUGCAAGACAUACAAAUCCUCGUAAGCACAAUCGGACCCGCAGGCCACGACUUUGGAACAAAGCUCGCAGACGCCCUCCCCGGAACCAACAUCCGAGUCUACUUCCCCUCCGAAUUCGGCGUCGACCACUACGCCCACGACUUCGCCCACUCGGAGUGGCAACAGAAGAAGAAACACUUCGCGAACGUGCAGCGAGUCGUCCCGCACACGAAGAUCUGCCGCGUAUUCAGCGGCCUAGUUCUAGAGGACAUGGGGCCGGGGUUCGGUCUUGACACUCAGAACGGGAAGUAUACUAGUGUUGGAUCGUUCCGCACGCCGGUGUCUUUUACCUCGGUUGGCGAUGUUGGUAGGACGGUUACUUCGCUGGCGACUCUACCCGCUGAGAAGAUUCCUGAUGUUGUUCAUGUUGGUGGUGAUUCGCGCUCGGUUGCGGAGAUCGCGGGGAUUAUGGAGUCUGCUGGUGCGGGACGUAUUGAUAUUGACUGUCUUCCGCAUGAGAAAUAUAAGAAGGGGAAUACUGCUGGGACUUCCUCGCGGCCGGAAUCUUAUGUAUGGUUCUUGAUGGGUGAUGGGGGUAUUACUCAUACUGCUGCUUUUCUUGGGAACGAUAAUGAGAUUGUUAAUCCUGGUCAGCAGCUGUGGAGAUGGAAGACUGUAGAGGAUUUGGCAGAGGAAACUAGUGGGAAGCCUGGGAAAGAUGUUGUCGGGCCUUGUCGUAAGUAG